CCUCGAGACCGGGAGGCCGGGAACAAAGGCUCCGCGCCAGCCCCGGCGGCUCCACCUGCCCCCAGCGGAGAUGGCGUCCCUCGGCUUAGGGGGGCUCAACGUCUCCGCCCGCAGGAAGAGCGUCCCGUCUCGCAACGCCGCGGUGGAAAGGCGGAACUUGAUCACGGUCUGCAGGUUUUCAGUCAAGACUCUGAUUGACCGUUCCUGUUUUGAGACUAUAGAUGAUACUUCCCCUGAAUUUAAUAAUUUUGCAGCCAUUCUGGAACAGAUUCUAAGUCAUCGACUGAAAGGUCAGAUCACCUGGUUCGGCUAUGAAAGUCCUCGUAGUUUCUGGGACUACAUUCGAGUAGCUUGCCGAAAAGUCUCUCACAAUUGCAUCUGCAGUAUUGAGAACAUGGAGAAUGUUGGUUCUUCUAGAGCUAAGGGUCGAGCCUGGAUCAGAGUAGCACUUAUGGAAAAGCAUUUGUCUGAGUAUAUUUCCACAGCUCUGAGAGACUUCAAAACAACCAGGAGAUUUUAUGAGGAUGGAGCAAUUGUUCUUGGUGAAGAAGCAAAUAUGCUUGCUGGUAUGCUGUUGGGACUCAAUGCAAUUGAUUUCAGUUUUUGUCUGAAGGGUGAGGGAUUGGAUGGCAGCUUUCCAGCUGUCAUAGAUUAUACACCGUACUUGAAGUUCACUCAAAGUUCUGACAGCAUCAGCAGUGAUGAAGAAGAGCUAAGAACGCUGGGCAGUAGUGGCAGUGAAGGCAGUACUCCAGAGAACAUUGGUCCUCCUUUCAUCACGGAUGAAAACAGUUGGUACAACAAAUGCAAAAGGGUAGAACAGAAGUACCGGCUUGCAUUGGAACAGAAGGGUUACCUUGAAGAAUUGGUACGACUCAGAGAAAACCAGCUAUCUGAAUCUGUCUCACAGAAUAAACUGCUGUUACAAAGAAUUGAAGAUAUGGAUCUAGCCCAUAAAAUGGAGAAGGAACAGCUGGAAUAUAUAAUUGUGGAACUGCAAGACCAGUUGACUGUGCUAAAGAAUAAUGACUUGAGAUCAAGACAAGAAUUAACUACUCACCUCACCAAUCAGUGGCCUUCCCCAGGAGCUCUGGAUGUCAAUGCUGUUGCCUUGGACACUCUACUCUAUAGAAAGCACAAUCAACAAUGGGAUGAGAAAAGUUUUCAAAGUCUGGACCAACUUUCAGCAGAAGUUAGUCUUUCUCAGUCCUCUCUGGAUCCAGGUCACUCACAGGAUGGGAAGCAGGAUGGAAUGAACUUGUUAAAUGAAGGGAAGGAAGACACUCCAUCAUUGCUUGGUCUUUGUGGCUCUCUUACUUCAGUAGCAAGCUACAAAUCUCUCACGAGUCUGAAAUCGAGUGAAUAUCUUGCAAGUCCCACAACAGAGAUGACAAGUCCAGGCUUAACACCAUCUUGAGAUACACACAAGAAGGAAGAGCUUCGUGUUGUAUGCAUUUGGUUUAUGUUCCAUAAAACGACUUGCAAUGAAGACUGCUAGUUCUGAGUUAAAAAAUAAGCUGCUUUAUUUUUUCUUCUCAUUGGUUACCUGUUUAAUUCACACAUGCUGUCAGUUUUCAUUCAAACUUUUUUUCCCCCCAGAGGACUUUUCCGAUUUUCUAUUUUAGUCUUGAAUUAUUUAAAGCUCUUGGUCAGGUACAGGACAUACAAUCUGAUGCUUACGACUGAUUUUUAAAAUGAAACGGUUGGAAAUCAGUCCCCUACUUAACUGCCAUGACCUUUGUUUCUCCUUGCAAUGGCCUGGCGCUACUCUAGCCACGGUGCUUCUCUGCAGUGCUUUAAAUAUCUAUCAACUCUGGCAGAACAGACAGGGAAUCCUUAACACCAGUCUUUGUAGGCAAAUAGAUGUUUUACCUAAAAAUCCAGCUUUUCAUCUGUGUAUGUUGCGUAGGACCUCAAAUAGCGUAUUUAACCUAGCAACAGCUCUUCUCAAGUUGACUCAAUGUUAGAUUUUGCAUUCCUGUUAGUAUCAUGGCACUUAGGAGAUGUCCGAAUCGCACUGAAGAUCACACUGAAACACUCUUACUAAUUCUUGAAGUUGCAUGUGAAUAACAAAUGUAAGUUGAUCAUCUAAAUCAAGCAUACUUAGCAAUUUGUAAAUGUUGAGGAAACUCACUACAUGCUUUUGAGUGACCCGAGUUACAGAUAACCAAACACUAUACGAGAAAUUUCUUGGUUUACUGGCCUUGCUGGAAAGACGGGGACUAAGGAUGGUGGGGUUAGCACCUUGGGAAGUUUGGAUUGUGUGUUUAUUGGCAAGAUCCCAAGGAGCGUGAAAAAGGGGAAACAAAGACAAUGUAAUUGACAGUAUUCUCAUCUUAAAGAUUUUUCUCAUUCCUGUAGUAGUGCAAUAGGUAUUUUUCUUGAUUAGGUAAUACGGCAGAACUUAUUUCAGUCAGUUUUCUCAAAUUACUUGCCAUUGAUUUAAAUUACUGAUAGAAAAAAACAAAAAAAAGGGAGACAUUUUUUAAAUGAAACUAACUUUCCAGAUUACCCUACAGUUUCAAAGUUUGCAAAUUAAUUUUUGAAUUGCAAACUAUAUUCUUAAUUCUUUGUAAGAUACAAUGGAUCCUUUACCUAUGAAUUUUGCAAAUCAAGGUAACGCUUAUCAGUAUGAUUAGUAACUUUUUAAACAAAACUUAAAUGCAUGUAAGUACGUUGUAUUUAUAAGUACUAGGGAAAAAUGCUUUUUUGUGCCAAAGAAGUUUCAUAAAUUGUUUACAUGAGUAGCUGCAAUACAAGACAGAUUUUUAAUUAUUGCUUACUCUUAGGUGUUUACAGUACGUCACUACACUCUGUGUGGUUUUAGUUGAUUUGCCUCUUGUAAUGGUACCUUGGCACUACUACUAUAAUCUGGUCAUCUUAGGGUGGGCUUGAAAGAAAGAGGAUUCAUUCUUACCUUUACUAAAAACUAGGGGGAAAGUUUAGCCUUUGUAAGUAUGAGGCUACACAUCCCUGGAACUCAAGGCACUGUUGGAUUUAGCUGCAGGAAGUUCAGGAUGCAUCUCCUCAACUCUCCAGUCCACAGUGCUGGAGGGCAUUGCAUCCACGGCAGGGUAAACAACUACUGAUGCCAUUUUAAUGCAGAUUUUUAAAGCAGCUUAGCAAAAGCCACCAGACCUUGUCUUUCAAGCCCUCAUGUACCCACCCAGUUAAUUUCUCUGUAAUAAACUCUGACCGUUAAAUCCUUUCAUACACUGUCAGAAUGUCCAUUACUUCAUGUAACUGGGUUUUUUGUUAUCACAUUAAGCACCUGUUCUCUCAUGGCAGUUGAGUAACGCUAUUAAAUACUAAUUUGUAAACUAGAGAUGUGUUUUCAGUACAAAUACAGUGAGGGAAUCCGGAUUCCACAAGUUAACAUUCUACAUCAAGGUACAGUGAUUUAAUCCGUCUCGUUUGCUGUUAAACACUUCUCCCGCUACGUCAGUAUUUUGGAGGGGGCUAAAAUCAUGAUCUUCAGUCAUGUUCGCUGAUGGCUCUUUUCUUGGAGCUACUGGUGUGAAACUCAUGUGUCAUUUAACGGAAGUCUUUUAUGUAGUCUGACACCACUGUGAGUUUCUGGGUGUCAUUUUGUGCAUGGGAAAUCAGUUAUGUGUGUCUUUCUCAGUUCUAAACGUUAAUCAUUUUUCAAAAAAAUUGAAAAAAUGCCAAAACUGUAUGUUUUGUUGCCUUGACGUUUCAUGAAUGUUGCAUGUAAAUUAAACAUUUUGUAUCAUCGCUAA